AUGUUUUUACGCCGUGACGCCUGUAGUUCUGACGCAUCGACGCAUGCGCAGAUUUGAAUAAUCUGGCGGGUUCUUUCUUCUCACUUCUUGGACAACACUAGCGAUCUUUUUGAUUCUCUAUCCGAUUUGUUCGUUGUUUGCUAAAAUAGAGACUGAUAAAUACAGUUCGCAAUGGUCGAGGGUCCGGGGUGCACUUUAAAUGGAGAGAAGAUUCGUGCAAGAGUUCAAAAGGGACAGAAAGUUUUAGACAUACGAGAAAAUGAAAGCAGUAAAUCAUCUGUUGACAGUACCAGGAGCUCUUUCCAAAGCUUUAUGGGCUGUCAGUUCACAGGGGUGGAGACACUGGGGAAAGAGCUGUUCAUGUAUUUUGGCUUCAGAGCUCUGAGACUGCACUUCGGCAUGAAUGGUUCUAUGAGGAUAAACCCCCUGGAGAAAGACCUGAAAGGAAAACCCCCAGUGCUGGUUAUUCAACUUACCAAUGAUGCUGUCUGUUUCUUUGACACAACUGUAGAAAUCAGACUCUCAGAUGACUGUGAGCAGAAAGUAAAAGCCAUGGAGGCUCUUGAUAUCUGUUCACCAAAGUUUAGUUUCUCUCGGGCGGUGGAAGCUGUAAAGAGGGAGAGUGAGAGAAUGCUCUGUGAUGUACUGUUGGAUCAGGCCGUCCUACCUGGUGUAGGAAACAUAAUCAAAAACGAAGCGCUCUUCGACAGUGGCCUUAACCCUGCUGUCAAGGUCAAGCAGUUGACAAGUGAACAAGUUCAUCAUCUUGUGAAGAUGACAAGAGAUUUCACACUCCUAUUUUAUAAGUGUAGAAAGAAUGGAUCCCCACUUUACAAGCAUUAUAAGGUGUAUAAACGUCCAAACUGUGGCCAGUGCAGCGGAACUGUCACCGUCUGUCGACUGGGAGACAACGGUAGGAUGACAUACUACUGUCAGCGCUGUCAAACAGGUGAUCCAAGGGAAGUGAACAUCAGUAAACUCCCAACUCGCAAUAGUCUGAUUGGAUGGGCUUAUCAGGGAGGAAUGAGCAACAAUGAUGAUGUGGCGAAACGAGAGGAGGAAGAGUGGGCAUGUUCACUUUGCACUCUAAUCAACAGGCCAAUCAACAAGUAUUGUGAUGCUUGUAUGAGCCCUAGACCAGAGGAGCCCACAAAGCUGGAACAUUCACCUUUGAGUAAAGACCUGAUCCGCUACCCCUGCAACAGUUUUAGCAAACCCCUGCAGGAAAUAAAGAUGAAUCGUAGGACUGCAUUUGGGACCACCACUCUAGUCCUAACCAAUCUCAGUGCAAAACCUGACUCUCCUUCAAGUCCCGCCAUUAACCAGGCACACACACCAGAGACAAUGAGGGGUCUGAGCACGCACAACAACUUGCAGCAGAGGGGUACCGGUAAUGGUGUGAGUGGGAUGCAAUUCAAAGGCAAUGAGCCCUAUAAGAGAGAAUCUCUAGCAGAACACAGUCAGCCUAACAAGAGAAUGAAAACCACGAAUGGAGUGCUUUCUGGAGGAAGCAUGCAGCGCAUCUGCUCCUCAAGGCACACACAGAGUAAUGACGCAUCCCUACCCACAACCCCCUGCUGCAAUAGUCAUCACCGACCAUGCACCGUGAGAGUGGUCACUAAGGAAGGAGAAAACAAAGGCAGGCAGUUCUACACCUGCUCCUUACCCAGAGGAACUCAAUGUAACUUCUUUGAGUGGGCAGACCUGCAUUUUCCCAUGUGUCAUCAUGGCAAACGAACUCUUAUGAAGACCGUUCUAAAACUGGGACCGAAUAACGGCCGCAACUUCUACACAUGCCCAGUUAAAAUGGGCAAGCAAUGUAACUUCUUCCAGUGGGCUGAGAACGGCCCUGGUGUCUCAAUUCUGCCUGGCUGCUGAAUCCACAACAUGAGUUGGACAUUACAUCUUUUAUUUAAAUGUAUUAAAAUGCUUUUUGAAGCAAUGCUUGUUUUUAAUGUUGAGAUGAUGAAAACAUAAGUGUGUGUUUUGUCAUAGUAAAUCUUUAAUACAUUUUUUUUUUUUAAAUAAAGCAUUUCCAAUUAA